GCUUAACCUUAUGGUUGUGCACUCCGAGUCCAGAUGUCAACGCGGGCCUCGGCGAUUUAUUGGCAUAUCCGCCACACACCCGUCGAUGAGCGCGUCUUAUCAAACGUGGCUUGCACUUGCAACAUACGAUUGAAUUGCCAUGCCUGCUAUAGGCCCGGGCGGACAUGCAGCAUCGGCGUCCCGACGGCUGCUGCGAACAGUGGCGCGUCCCCGGGCGCGGCCACGGCUGAGCGUCCUCGUUCGCAAAUCAAGAUGCAUGUCCAGCGAGGGCCAAGCGAGACCCGCCAAAGUGUCCUCACCUCGCCCCGAGCACGUCAGACCGGGGGACCGAGAGCUUCUCAGCCUCUUCCCGAACCCAAUCGCGACCAUUGAUCAAAAGUCCUAUGAAGCGUGUCAGGAGCCCGUGAGUGUUAUGGACUCCAAGAUCGAAUGCCUCUGCAGCUGGAACGAAGCCAGAGGCAGCAGACAGGCAAUUUAUGUCCCUGGGGAUGCAAGUCGACCAAGAAACACAAUUGCGUCGCUGUCUAAUGAUGCAAUACGCGAGGCUUUGGAUGCUGCUAUGCCCGAGCGCCGCCCCUGGGGAUAUUGCAACCCGGGAAGAGGUCCUCGACCUGUCGGUUGGGAUGAUUCUCUUGCUGCUCUAUGCGCCACGGACCCAGGGCUAAAACUUGACCACGUGGACGUCAUGGCCAGUCUAGGCGUCCUGCUCAAUCUCCUUUCGGUCGCUCACAACACACAUCAGAGGCUCUAUCGCAGGCCCCGUCAUGGAUUCCCUGACUCCUUUCAUCUCAAUAUGAUGCAAGUUGGUAACACACUGGUUUUAAGGGAUCGAUUCAACACAACUGCCACGAAGACUCGAUUCAACACAACUGCCACGAAGAUUCGAGUACCCGGGCCCUCUCCCAAGGGUUGGGAAUACUACAAGAUUUUCACCGAGCCCGCGCCCGAGGUCGGCGACAGUUCGAUUCAUCACCAACUCUUGAGCUAUAAACUGGGCCCACUCACCUGCUUGGUCAGAACCUACGUAAACGGCUCCAUGCAGGAUAUGCCAAUCCCCACAGACCAGUCCAGCAACCCGCAGAGGCGCGAUAUCCACGGCAUUGAUGUGAUCAAGGCCGGGCAGGGCGUCCAAACCAGCCAGGCAUUCCUGGCCUGUGCACGCGGGUUUCCAUUUCAGCGUUCCAACGAGGCCGUGCGCCUGCAGCGAAAUGCACAAAACCUCUUGCUCUCUGGCCAGACCAAGCUAGCCGUCGCCGACGUCGUCCCCGAGGACCGACUCGGGGAGCUGCGCGGUCUGACAGUCGUCGAGAUGGCUGAGCUGGUCAGGAACUAUGAGACCGACAACCAGCACGUCCUCCGCCGGUUGGUUGGUCUCUUGGGAGCCCUCAGGGAGACUGUCAGGGCACAUGGCGGGCCGUGCGUGGGCAUCUUCUUUCCCCCAUCAGAGGCGGCCCUGAGUAUUUCGGGCGAACGAAAUGAUACUAUACAAGUCUAUGAGGCUGGCCCGGAUGAGCCCCCUAUCCUCCUGGAUUGGCACAAGGAGCAUUUUUGGCCCCAGUCCCAGGUUCCCAAAAAGCACGGCUUCAUCGGGAAAUUGGUACGGUCGCUGGGGUUUUGAGGGAGGCAGUGGAAUUCCUCCGAAGAAAAAUGUAGAUAUAGCUAUUGGCAAGCGGUGUAAACCCACGCGUGUACAACAAGAGGAGAUAUAGAGUGUAUUGAAAAUUGAAGACACAUGCACCAUACUACGCUGAGCCAAGGAAUAACAAACACAAAGAACGCCAUAUACAAGCAAUGCCAGGGACAGACGAGCCGAAAAACAGUCAGAGACAACCUCUAGAGCCACCUCAGGCUUCUUCUCACUUCCCAUUCCUGUCCAAAACCCCUAUUCUGUGCCCCUCUCCCCCC